AAAAUGUGUGGUUUUAUGAGCCUGUAAACAAGAUGACAUUGUUAGUUACCAUAUUCUGAACAGAAUUUCCAGCCUUAAAAUAUUUCACACACUAAACAGUUAGAUAGACAAGGAUGAUUAAAUCAGGUACAUUGUCAUAUUCAGUAUCAUUUUCAGGAAAAGUCUUUUGCUUUUAGUUUUCACUUAUUAGACUGGGACAUAAUGAAGGUGUCUAUACAUAUGUCACAAAGUUUGUUUAGCACAAUGUUUAGUAUUCAUAUGUGAUUCUGUGUGUGACAGGAUGGCAUCACAACCUAAUCUGUUACUGGCAGGAAUUAGAGAUUCGGAGACAAAACACAGGAACAAACAAACUGUGGGACAAGGACACGAAAUAAAGAUUCAAAGAAAACAAGCAAACGUAGGCUGAGCAAUCACCUUCAUUACCAUUCAUCAAAAUGCACUUCACAACACAGGGGUCAGUAAUUUGGCCUUCCGUCAUUUGAUUGAAUUCACCUACACAGCCAAGCUUGCAGUAAGUGGAAAUGAAGAAGUCAGUGAUGUUUGGAAAGCAGCAGAAUACCUACAGAUGCAAGAGGCAAUCAAAGCUCUCAACAGCAGGACCAGGAGCAGUUCACCUGAGGCCUCGAAGCAAAGUCUGACGGAGAAGCACAAAGCCAAAAAGAGGAAGAUAGCGGAGACCUCAAACGUGAUCACAGAGACGCUGCCCUCAGUGGAGACAGAGCCAGUGGAGAUAGAGGUGGAGAUUGCUGGUGGGACAAUAGAGGUGGUGGAGGAUGAGGGCAUUGAGGUGGUGGAGGAGGUGGCAGUACAGCCAGACAAAGAUGCCAGCUCCCAGGACACCUCGGACGAUUCUGCCCUGGUUCUGCUGGCUGACAUCACCAGCAAGUACCAACAGGGGGAGUCGACCCUGCAUGUGAUGAAGAAGGACGAUGAAGCGAGCUGCACCACUGAUCUGGAGGCGGCUGCCACUGCCAAAACUCUGGAGGGCAUCGAAGUGGUGGAGGUGCAGAUCUCCCACCUUAACAACCUGUUCCGCUGCGAGAAGUGUGACCGCUCCUUCAAGCUCUUCUACCACUUCAAGCAGCACAUGAAGGUGCACUCGGACAAGGCCUUUGUUUGCCCUAACUGCAACAAGACGUACACGCGGGAGAGCGCCUUGAAGCACCACCUGGCUUGCCACCACUUUGAGGUGGAGGAAUCGCGCCGCCAGCGGCCUCAGAAGAAAGUGCAUGUAUGCGGAUACUGCGAGAAGCAGUUUGACCACUUUGGCCAUUUCAAAGAACACCUCCGGAAGCACACAGGUGAGAAGCCUUUUGAGUGUCCAGACUGCCAUGAGCGCUUUGCAAGGAACAGCACACUGAAAUGCCACAUUGCAGCGUGCCAAAAUGGUGUUGGUGCGAAAAAGGGAAGAAAGAAGCUUUAUGAAUGCCAGGUGUGCAGCAUGGUGUUCAACAGCUGGGACCAGUUUAAGGACCAUCUGGUGAUCCAUACAGGAGAUAAACCCAAUCAUUGCACUAUGUGUGACAUUUGGUUCACCCAAGCUGGAGACAUGCGUAAGCAUCUCCGGGAAUUCCACGCCAUUCAUGAAAGAGUGGUGACUGAGGUGGUGGUCCCGGAGCAGGAAGAUGUGGAGGAUGUGCAUGUGGAGCAUGUGAUGGUGGAGCAGGUGCAGAUUGAAUCACCGGAGGUUCUGGAGACCAUCCAAGUGCAGGUGGAGUCAGUGGAAGGAGAGGAGGGGAAGGAGGAAAAUGUUCACAUGGACCAAGUCCAGGUGGAGGAAGAGAAAACAGCUGAGAUCAAGGUGCAUCAACCACAGGAUGAGCAACAAUCCUCCGAAACACUGAUAAAAGAACACAUAGAAAUCCAGGUGGAGCACGUCCAAAGCAAUGCAGUACAGCACUACCUGGAAACAACUGUGCAGGAUAGCGAGGUCCCAGUGGAACAGGUUGAAAUACAGGUGGAGGAAGCAGAGGUUGGGGAAGUGCAAGUAGAAGAUGUGUAAACUGAGGACUAAGAACUGCAUAAUUGUCUGACUAUUUAUCCUGUGAGGUGCUCGCCAGGCUUUGCUGGUCCAACCAAUACAAACGGCCAAUAUUUGAACUCCAGUGGCUUUCAAUAGAAUAAUUUAUACCAGAAAACAAAAAAAAAAAACUUGAAAGAAAUGCUGGAAAAUGUACAGGAAUUCUAGGAUCAGUAAUAAAUCUGACACGGAAGUGUUUACUUUUUACUUCGUUUAUGAUGAAUUUGUUGCUAUUAUAUAUAUGACAUUGGAUGAAAAGUAAUCUUUUAGUUGCUUAACACUGCAGCUGAUUUUCCAUUAUGAUUUAGAGAACAGUACAUAUUCUAUCUUACUUGGGGAAAGUAGAGUUUAUUAAAUGUGUGUUUGUGGCUGAAAUGCAGUGUACUGGUCCUGCUUGCCUGUUGGUGGAAAGGACAUUUACUACUUCAUUACAUGAACCCCACUAUUUAGCAAGGAUAUAAAUAUAACUCUUCAAUCUGUGCUUAAAUAUUCUUGGAACAGGUUGGUUAAAGUCAUAUGACCCAUUUACAGAUAUGCCAGCGUAAAGCUAUGCACCAGAGAACAAUCAUUUUAAGUAUAUAACUACAGUAGUUCUUCAGGAAAAUGAAACUGAUUGGAAUUUUGUGUCACCUUAUAAUUGCUCUAUUGAACAUACCUUUUCUCUGGCAAUUGUGAACCUGCCAGGUUUAGGGUACUGUCGUUUUACUUUAUAAAACACAUUCUUACAUUUCCUGCUGGAUUUUCGUAUGUCCCUUUUUAAUAUCAAAAAUCUAUUUAUCUAUGUUGUUGUGUUUUUUUUUUCCAGUGGAUAGUGCCACCAGGUUUUCAGUUUAUUUGUCUUCUACUGGCUCAUUGAAAAGCUUGGCCAAUAAAUCUCCAUUCACUAAUUUGUCAAAGGAUUCCAUUAAGCUUUGUAAAAGGAAACAAAAAAAAAAUUCAAUACUAUUGUGUGGAUCAGAUCUCUUUACCUUAUGCCUUCCUUUGGAUGAAAACCAAUUGUAUCUUCUGUCAAAAUACAGACUCAUUUUGUUUAUAUCAUGAGAUACAUAUUUUAAGUAUGUAAGAAUGCAGUUUAUAGAUGUCAUCAUGGUAUUUUUGCAUAUUGCAGUAUAGUAGAACUUUAAAACUUUAAAAUUAAAUAAAAAGCAGAAAACUUCAUAUUAUAUUUAGAAAAAAAAAGUUGUAGAUGUGCUAUAGGUGUGGGGAGGAGGACAUAAUCCUAGUAUAUACAGUGCUAUUAAUGGCAUGAACCACAGAGUUUACACAUUCUGCACACUUGUACAUCAAUCUGGAAUAAGGGUUAGAGCAUUGCAGAUACUCAAAAUUUUUGGGGGGCUUUAGUUUGUUGAUAUUUCCAGCGGUAAACCUCAGCUACCGCAGAUUGGCUCCAGCCAUGCCUUGCAUACAUCAUGAUCAGCAACAACCUCUAAUCUAAUGGUCAUUUAAACAGCUUAAUUCCCAUACACAACACAAACUGUUUUCCUACAAGUAGUAUUAUUCCUGACUUCUGAAUAACAUUGUAUUACUUUGAGAAUGUUUCAUAUCAUCAGUUAUGUAAUGACCCAGCUGAAUGCCCUGGCCUUGUAUUGAUACAUUGUUGCAAAUAUUUGUACCCCAAGCUCUUUCUGUAUUACCUGAGGUAACAAUCUCUUAAUUUACCAUGCGUGCUUGUUGUCAAAAGAGAAAUAAUAAGACACUGUUGUCAAAGAUGGAACUCUUAAAAAUUCGGUAUGUAUUUUAUCUGUGUGUAGUGACAAGCGAAUGGUAAUUAUUUAUUCAAAAUUCUUACCAAAAUGCAAUGUUCACUGUUUCCCUUAAAUUACCAAAAUUAUGUUUCCCAGCCAAGCAACUUACAUCUCUUAUAAAUGUUAUGUUGUAAUUAAUAUUUAAAGAAUGGUAAUGGACUGCAUUGCCAAAGUUUAUACAUAAGUUUGUGAUAUUAUUAGGUAAGCAACUAGGUAUUAUUUUUUUGAAUAGUUCACUAGAAUUCCUUUCCAUUGUAGGUUUUAUGAAAAACAAACCCAGGGCUGAACUUAAAUUUGUGCAUACAGAUGAUAUCCUACUUAUUCUUCAUUCUGAGAAAUACAGAUUUGCCAAAAAGCAGAUGAUAACCUCGGUGUCAACCUUUCUCAAAGGUCAAUAGCUGA